UGGGCCGGUGACCGCCAAACGCGAGGACCCUCAAAAAUCGGUCGUCAAUUGGGGUUCCCCGAAUCUUGGGGCCCCCGAUUUUCAAUUGCCCUCGAUUUCUGGGGGCCUUUGACCGCAACCACAAAGGCUUGUCCGGUUGGUGGCCUCGGUAAACCGAACUUCGGUUACCACCGACCGACAACCGACCGAUGCCCGAAAAUUUCACGUCGGUGGCAACCGGCUGGGCAUUCGGUUGGGGACUACCGGACNCAUAAAGAACGAUAUGAAUCAUUCAGCAGUAACGACAGCCGUCUAGUACUGAUUGCAUGUGUUGAUAUUUGUCAGCCAGAGGAAUAUCGCUCAAAUGUAAUAACGAAUCUCGGUACAAAUAAAUUGCAUUCAUCGACCAGAACGAAUGUCUCAAAAGAUCUAUCAAGUGAUCAUUCACUAUCAUCACAUACAUUAUCGAGAGGCAGCAAUGUAUUCCAUCGCAAGCAAACCAAACCGCUGAUGANUGAUCAAAUGUCAAAUGUCACGAAUGAACAGAAACCUUCGCAAAAGGCUGAACGUGAUGAAGAGCAUGAUCCUGAUGAUAGGCAGGGCGAACGAGCCUUUCCUUAUCUGGAACGGGAGAAACACCCGAACUCCAAGAAGAAAUCAAUGGAUUCGAAGGAAGGGGAAGGAGAUGGGAAAGGAUUCCUUAACAAAUUCAUAAUCGAACGCAUUAAUGGUGAUUUGAAGAACACUGGAAAUAAUAAGUCCCUAAGUGAUAAGUGGAAGUCAUGGAAAGCAACAAUUUCUGAAGCCGAUAAAUGUUUCAAUAUGGUUCCAAAUCAGUUUCUUUUGAACGCUGGUUAUCAGGCUUUUUCCGAAGUUUCACGAGAUCAGUGCAGAUGUCUGUGUGCAAAAACAUGGUCAGCAAAAUGGUCGUCUAAAAAGUGUAAAAGUUUUCAAUACAAUGCAAAACGCGAAUGCCUUCUGAACAAGGAUGAUCACUUUGGAAAAUACGAUCUUGUUUACGAUAGAACUGCUGAAUAUCAUUUUCUUAAUUGCUCACGUCCUGCUCAAACUUCUGCAGCAAUCACGACAGAUACAUCAACUCAAGCCACAUCCACCGCAACAACUGAAAUUAUAGUCGAAAUGAAUGCUCCUAAAAAAGAUACCCUUGAUCGGAUGAACGGUACCGAGAUUCCAGAAUCUGCAACGACGUUCAAGUCGUGCUUUCGAGUCGUUGAUGGCUAUAUAAUAAAAAGUGUGGCAGGUGCCCUCGAAAGUGAUGUUUCACUGGAAGAAUGUCAAUGCUUUUGUGCGAUGAGCAGUUUUGGCAUUUAUUUUGCUAUUAUUAAAUUUGAAAUUCGUUCUUCGUUUAGAAAUUUAACAAGGCAUUCAUUUCAAUGUGCCUCCACAACAUACUAUCAUAAUGAACGCGAUUGCGUUUUGAAUGUGGAUACUACUCAUGGACAUUCGAACAUAGGUGAUGAAGACAAUGGCUAUAGGAAACAAAUGAAUGUUAGCUACAGCAAAAUGCUAUGCACAUCAGAGGAAUCAAUUGGUUUGAUUCCGAAUGAACUCCGUGAUAAUAACUGUCGUCUUGAAUCAUCUACUACGUCUCUGACAACGAUUGCAGCGACAACACGAUCAAGCACUCCAGAAAGAUAUAGUGAUGAGUGUUUUGUGGAGUUACCAGAUUUUGUGCUGGAAGGAACAGCACUUGCCGUAGAAGAUAACGUCACAAUAGAGCAAUGUAAAUGUUUCUGUAUUGACGCAUAUCGUCGAUACGGCGUUGAAUGUCAAAGUGUGCAGUUCUAUUUCGGAUCGAAAACAUGCCUCAUCAACAAGGACAACCGGAUAUCCAAUCUGGAUCGAUUCAACUACUUGCCGUCAUCAGGAACAAAACACAGCUAUUUUGACUAUCAAUGUGCUGCGAACGAUAAUAUGCUAGCAACUUAUAAGGCGAAUGUAUGCUCAGCCAUUCUCCCUGCAGUACCAGACGUGAACAUCCCGGAUAGCGAUAAAACAACUGAAAAGAAUAAUCAGUCAAUGACAGAUAGAACAGACAAUCCGUUGUCAACACCGGAUAGUACUGAUGCAGUUUCUGAACCAUCAAGCACUCCUGAGAUCACCACUCCAUCGUAUACCGAAGCAAUUUCAAGUGAAGAGCCGGAUGAUGGAACAGACGACUUUGCUUCAUCGAAGACAACUAAACGAGCUCUGGAUCUAUCCAGUGCUGAGUUGGCCACCGAAGAAUCUACUCCGCUCACUCCGUCAACAACUGUUACUGCCCAAGAUAGCGCUAAUAUAAAGGCUGAGAACGGCUCAACUUCGGAUGCAAGCGAAUCAACGGGUUCACAACGAUCAGAGUCUGAUUCAGUCUCAACUACUGAAUCGACUCCACAUGAAGCAUCCUCAACAUACGCUCCAGCCGGACCUUGUACAUAUUCAGCCAUCUAUCAACGUUCAUUCAAAGGAAUUAAACUCCUUAGUAGGACACUCGUUGCAAGCCCAGUUGAAUGUUUCUCGGGAUGCUAUCAUGAAAAGUGUCGAUCAGCUAAUUUAAUAAUGUUUGGUGGUGUGUUGCAGUACUGCGAAUUAUACAAAGAUUCACUCAUUGACUAUCGAACACCAGAUGUAUUAGGUUUCGACAAUAAUGCAGUUUAUUUCGAUGGUAUCGAAUGUGAAGGUAUCGAAAGCUGA